GGGUCCCAAGUGCACAUGGUCCAUAAUAACCAUUGAAUAAUCCAGAACAGCUCAGACGUGACUCUGAACACAUCAGCUCUGAGAUCUUCAAGCUCCACAGAACUUCUCCAGAUUCUUUCUCUCAGUGUGAAGAAACAUCUUGAAGAAUGAGAAGCCUGAUGUGUGUGCUGCUCCUGCUGAUCUUCUGCUCGAGGCAGGGCACUUCAGAGCAUCAAGCUGUAGGUCCCAUUCCUGAGAGCUGCUGCUGGAAUUUUAUUGACUUUCAAAUUCCAGCCUCAAAAAUAGUCAGUGCUGAGAAGACAAGUUCACGUUGCCCUGCGCUUGGCAUUGUGGUUACGACACCUAGAACUAAAUUUUGUGUGAGACCAGACGAGGAAUGGAUAAAGAGCUUCAUGGAGAAAAGUCAAUGGAAAUGAAACACGAUACAUAUGCACAAAAUAAUACUGUUAAUGAUUUAUACUGUAUCUCCUCAUUAUUACAAGAUAUGUUAAAAAAAACCCGGCUAAAUGUUAAUCCUGUUCACAUUUAGCACUCAAUAUGCUGACACGUGCAGAAUGACAAUACAAAUAAAUAUUAAAAUGCUUGGAUAUCA